AUGGCGCUCAGGCUGCUCGCACUCGGCGACUCGAUCACCGACGGCGGCGUCAAGGCGCGUGCGUGGCGCUACCACCUCCACGCUUCCCUUUCUAGAGAGGGCCGCUCUGUCCGCUGGCUUGGCUCAAUGCUCGGCGUGUAUGAUCGCAAGAUUGGUGAGCUGUGCAAAUUCCUGGCCGCACGGCGCAAUGCGACGGCUGGUGCGCCGCUGGGAUCCGAGGCGGACUGGCCGCGCCAAGGCAAGUGGCAAGGGCUCCGAUGCUGCCUAGGCACGAUCGGCAGCCUCAGCGCGCCUCCCCACGCGGCGCUCCUCCACAUCGGAACAAACGACCUCACCAAGCGAGUCUUGCGCGAGGGCGCCCGGGUCGCAUCGGUCACCACCCAGUUGAGUGCGGUGCCUCCUCACGCCUCUCCGUUGUGCCUAGGCGUCUCGGUCGCCUCGGCGACUGUGCUGCUCGCGCUGCCCAUUCCGCACUGCCGCGGCGGCGAGGCGGCGCAGCGACGACGGCGGGGCGUCGAGGCCGACUACCACGCCCGACUUGAGGGUAUCGCCGCCAGGCAAUCCGAGAUGCUGAGGCGCAAGCCCCCCACGGCCUGCCCGGUGGCGCGGCUUCGGGUGGUCAACAUGUCGACUGCGGUCACUUGCCGUAUGCUCAUUGACGGCAUCCACCCCGACCGCCGGGGCGCGGCGCACAUGGCGGCGGCAUGGAUGGAAGGGAUGCGUACCGACGGCCUGCUGGAGCUCAACAUACACAUUAACAGCUGGCCUGCCCAAUAA